UUCUCUCCAUUUUCGCUUAUAUUCCAUCCCAUUCGGCACCACCUUCGAUCUCCAUUCAUACUGAAUACUAUCCCUUUUACCCAAACAAGAUUCUGUCCUCAGUUUCCUUUCUAGCUACCAAAACUAUCCAGUUUCUCCUCCCAGGUACCAAGAACCGAUCACGAAGGAAAUGUUAGUCAAUACCACCCUUCUCCCUCCAAAACCCUCACUUGGGUCCAAAAUAUCUCACGCAGGUUACAACAACCAGCAGGAAAUACUACCAAGACGGUGUUCCACCGGCCCCAUUCGUUGUUUCAGAACCAAACGUAAGACCAUCUCAGCGUCCGCCGCCACUGCAACCGAAAGUGGGGACGGUUCAGUGAGGACAAUGAAACCAUCAUCGUCAUUAUUCUCCUUCUCAUUGAGCACUGGUAGUGGCACCAGUACAUUUUACCAAUUACUCCGAGUAAAGGAAACCGCCUCCCAAACGGAGAUCAAAGCGGCAUACCGUAAUUUAGCAAAGCAGUACCACCCAGACGCCGCCAGUUCCUCCUCCAAUCUCAAUGCUCGGGAUUUCAUAGAGAUUCACAAAGCCUAUGCAACACUAUCUGAUCCAGUGGCCAGGGCUCGCUAUGAUUCGUCGAUUGGGGCCGGCACUGCUUCUGCACGUCCAUAUGGGUACACGGCAGGAUUCUACCGUCCCUCGAGGAGGUGGGAAACUGAUCAGUGCUGGUAGAAGUGCAACUGCGUUUGGCUUUCUCUUUUAGUUUGCCUAUGAAAAAAUUGCAAAAGAACAAUGUGGCUUUCUCGUUUUCUACAUUGCACCUUGUCAUUUCUUGUACUGGCUCCACAUCCACUCAACGAGACAUCAUUUUCUAUUGAAAAUGAAAGGGCUAAAAUAGAAUUUCAUGGAGGUAUAAGGUUAAAGCAAAAGGUAACAAGAUACAAGGGGAAUGAAGAAAUGCAGUUCUUCAUGUCAUAUUCUUCAAAGUUCAAAGUGCGAAAAAGAGGUGCAAGUAUUUAUAAAAAUAUCUAUUUCACACGGAUCAUUAAUUUA